UCCCAAAGCGGAAUGAACAAACUUAGAAUCUGCAUUCUGCCUGCUGACUGGUUACUAUUUAUUAAUGAUGCUGUCGAUCAGAGAAUAGAUUCCAACACUGUCAAUGAAUAAGACCUCACCCUCUCUCUCUCUCUCUCUCUCUCACUCCCUCUGUAUUGCUACCGCAAACAUUCUCUGCAUUCGCUGAUAGAACAGAAGAGAGAGAGAGAGAUUAGCAUAUAACACUUUCCUAGAGUAAGUGCUAUUAAAGACAUCCUUGGCUAGCACAACUCCUAGAUACGCAUCCAACAGUAAACCCUAAAGAAGAGGAGAUCCCAGAAGGGGAUACAGUAACACAGUUUCAACUUAUCUGCUAAUAAAGGGAAUCAUUUCCAGCCAUGAGUCAGCUGCUGCCAAACAAUUCUUCAACACGGAAUGCUGCCCCCCCUGUGAGUGGAAAGGAAAAAGUGGAGACCCCAGCAAAGAUGGAAGAAGAAGAAGUGGACAUUGACCUAAAAGCACCAGAAACAGAGAAGGCGGCUCUUGCUAUCCAGGGUCAGUUCCGCAGGUUCCAGAAAAAGAAGAAGGAUCCGGUUUCCUAAGUGCAACUGUCCUUUAGCACCACUGCCUGUGUCUGCCUCCUCACCUUGUUACCUGCUCCCCAGCAUGCUGAAUGCAAGACUUCCCUCCAGACCUAAGUUUUCUUUGGCAGGCAGCCAAUCAGACCCACACAUGCACACAAAACAACCCUGCACCAGCACCUUGACUACAAUAAGAUCUUGCAGCUCACCCAUGUGCAGUUAUACCUUUCUUCCCUGAUGUGUUUCAUUUGAAGACAAGGAUAAUUUCAAACACUGCCCUUUUAUACUCCAAAGUGCACGCACUGUCUCAGGAUUGCCAUCUGAAGUUAAGCUUUGCAUGCUGACCCACACUAUUUUUCUAACUUAAUAAUCUGUUUUGUUCAAAAACAUAAAUGGAUGGAAGGGUGUCCAUGCUGUCAUCUGGAAUAAAGUCAUGUAUUUCUCUACAGACUUUGCUGUCAAAUGACAAAUGACAUUAUGUAUUUCAUUUUGAAAUGUCAAUGCCACCUUCAGUUUUGCUGUUUAUGACUGUGUCCUUAACUUUAAAGUGUCUUGUAUAAAUGAUAAAAAGUCCACUCUUACAUAUGCAAACAACAUCCUUGCAGACAAACAACAGACAUGGUAGCACAAAGCAAACAGAAUUUGCAUGGACACUCACAAAAUAACUAACCAUAAAGAUAGAAUUAAAAUGCACAGAACCAACUGAAAUGCACUGAAUUGUGUAAAGAAUAUAAUUUAUUUGAAAUGA